CUGAGAUCAUUUAAAGGAUGCCAAGGUCUUUCCUUGUGAAAAAGAAACGUGGGGCAUGUGGAGCAUGGCAGUGGAAAGAGCCCGAACAGCAAGAGUGGAAAGUAGAAAAUAUGGAAGUGAGUCAAAAUACUAAAAAACAGAUAUCCUGCAGUCCUGGCACCCAACAGCCUGCCACCAUGCCUCAGCAAGUACUCCCCUCAGCAUGUGAGGCAGCAGGAGGAAUUAUAGUGCCAGUACCUUUAGCAAGACUGGGAGGACCAAGGGCUGAAACCAGACCAGGAUGGUCCACACUGACGCUGCAGGGCUCCUAUCAUCCCAGCACAAUGGCACUGGUCAGCAGAGCAAAGCCACGUCCCCGUGCUUCCCCUGUCUCAGGUGACUUUGUUUGCUCAGUGUGCCACAAGAUCUUCCCCCUACAACGCAUGCUGACCCGCCACUUGAAGUGCCACAGCCUGGUGAAGAGGCAUCCUUGCCGAUUCUGUGGCAAAGGAUUCAACGAUACCUUCGACCUCAAGAGACAUAUGCGAACACACACAGGUAUCCGUCCCUACAAGUGUGAGCUGUGUGAGAAAGCCUUCACACAGCGCUGCUCUCUGGAGUCCCAUAUGAGAAAGAUUCACGGUGUACAUCAGCAGUAUGCUUACCGCCAGAGACGCUCCAAGAUCUUUGUGUGUGAAGACUGCGGUUAUACGUCAAGCCGCCCUGAUGAGUACUUCCUCCACGUGAGACAGUGCCACCCUGGCAGCCCUGCCCUCCGCAGGUACUACCGCCGUCAGGCUCAUGAGAACAGCAGCUUUCCAUCAGAAGAGCAUAAACUCAGCCCGUAUUUGCUGUACCCAGCUCCUGCAUACUACAUGUAGGACCUGUUCUAACUACAUUAUAUUGUAGAUGUUACACAAGCCUUCAGAAUUAAGUAUUCAGUUGUGUAAUAUGCAGGAAAUGUAUGUAAGUAUAU